UUACUGGUUGCUCCUGUAUGGUAUUUGAUUUUCAGAAUUAAAGGAGCAAGAACAUGCCGAAAAGGAAAGGAGGCCCCCAGGGGAAAAAGGUCACCCUAAAAAUGGCAAAAAACUCCAUGAAAAUCACAGUGGAUGGGAAGCGUCGUUUAGACUUGAGCAACAUGGGCAUUACAACCUUCCCCAAGUGCAUUCUGAAGCUGACGGAUAUUGAGGAAAUCGACCUGAGCCGGAACAUGAUCAAAAAGAUUCCAGACUUCAUCAACAAGUUCCCAAAGCUGCGCUACCUAGACUUCCACACAAACAAGAUCGAGAGGAUUCCAGAAACCCUUUGUCAGCUGGAGCUGCUUUACUAUCUUGACCUGUCUAACAACAAGCUCACGACAGAUGGCCUACCCACGGACCUGGUGCAGCUGAAAAACCUCCGGGUCCUGAAUCUCGGGCUGAAUUCUGUGGAAAUGAUUCCGACCACCAUCGGCACUUUAAAGGAGCUCAAGGAACUGGGGCUCUUCGACAACCGGAUCACCUACAUGCCUGAAAAAAUCACCAAGCUGCCGAAACUGAAGAAGCUGAAUGUGUUGCGGAACCCGUUCACCACUCCACAGGUACCCGAGGAGCCCAUAGAGACCAUCGAUCGUGUGGAGAACCUUUACCUCGUCAGGAAAGAUAUGCUGUGCCGUCCCUGUCUCAAGAAAUGUCUCCGGGAGAGGGACAAAUGGAGCAAGGUGAAGAACAUUGCCGAGAUGGAGGAAGAACCCAACUUCAGUGGCCUCAUAGCACCGAACUCAGUCGCAAAACAGGACGAAGCAUCUUGGAGAAUUAAUGAAUAA